AUCAGUCAUGCAUUUCAAACUGAGAUUGCUGGAGCUCAUCGUUGGCUUACUUGUAGUUCAGGUAAAGUCGCAUCCGCAAGCUGAUCCCUGCCAGAAUUUCUAUAAGGUGGCCUGCGGCAAUUGGUCCGCCAGUCAUGCAACCGAUUCGUACGAAAGUUUUAUGGACCGACUGGACUACAAUUAUCAGGAGAAGUUGGCAGACUUGCUGGAUAAUGAAAGAGAGGACGACGAGCCACAUUUUCUGCAGCAGUUGAGGAACUUUUACACCGCCUGUCGAAAACCUUUGAGCCAGGAUCAAGUCCUGCGCAUACUGGAGCAUCUGAUCGUAAUGGAGAAUAUCCAAAAUGAAGAGCUGUCCGUCGGCUUGACUGCCGCCUUUCGUCUUCAAGUACUCAUAGAUCUAAAUGACUCCAAUACGUAUGACAUUUGGAAGCAGUUGAUGUCCCACAGGAAGCAUUGGGAUCCAAAUACAACGAACAGGGAACCCUUAACUCGCGAAAUGUUUGACAAGCUAUGGGCCAGCCUGCCAAAAAUUCCCUUUCCGUUUAAGGAGUACUAUUGGCGCGAAUUAAGCGAGCUGGAAGAGAAAAUAAUGAGCUAUGGAAGCGAGGACGAUGGCUUUGAUAGCGGUGAUUUGGUUACGCGGAUACCACCCUUUUGGAUGAUGCCCUGGCCAAAUGGGAAUAUUACCUAUGAAAAUCUUUCCCAGAUGGCCCAUUGGCUGGAUAUAAAAGCCAAUGAGUUCAUUCUCACAUAUAUCUAUAUGCGAUUAAAGCUAGUUGCGGAAGGAGUCUCAACGGAAUCCUGGCAUAUAGAUCGCGACCAGUGCGCCGAGCAGUCCAGACAGAUCCUCAGUCAUCCUGCUGCAUGGUUGGUAGAGAAGAAUCAUCCCAGGCUCAAGGAGGAGCCAGUGCUGCAGGACAUUUUCGCGGAGCUGAAGCAGCGCUUUGGCCAAAAGCUUCUGGCGAACAGGAAUAACUUUACUCGCAGCACACAGCACUUUCUUUUGGGCAAAUUGAAAAGGAUGCGGCUGCGAUUGAGCAUCCUGCCCAGAAAUUCUUCGGCCCAAUCCAUGGUGCGACGCAUCGAAAGGCACUACAGGGAUGUUCACAUGAAUGCUAGCGAUUAUUUUGGAAAUCUACAUAUCGGCCUUAAUCACUCCAGAUCCCACAAGAAGUACGCCCAACUAUGGGCCAUAGUCUUCGGCCGCCAGUUGAUUCCAAGCCGAAUAUCCAAGAGCGAUUUGUAUCCCACCCAAGUGCGUGGGUAUGGCACCUAUGCCUCUGCGUUCUACAUAGUCAAACAGAAUAUGCUAAUUGUGCCACUAUCGCUCCUGGAACCGCCGUUCUACACACAUGGCCAGCCGUCGAUACUUACCUACAGUGCACUGGGCUUCAUCCUGGGCCACGAGCUCUCGCACGGCUUUGAUUCCGAGGGCAUGACCUUCUCCUCGCACGGAGUGGGAAGUAGCGCCGUGGACAGGGAGCUUGAUAGGAAUCCGCGAUUCCAGCAGGAGCUUGGCUGUUUGCGCAGAAGAUUCGGGAGGAAGCGGUAUGAAAAGUUCGCGGACGCCAGUGGCUUGGAACUGGCCUAUUCCGCCUACUUUGACACCGCACAAACGGAUCAUAAGCGGAAUCGAAGUGCCGAGGAGUUGGUCACUCAGAAGCAGCAGUUCUUUCAUAACUUUGCCCAAUUCUUCUGCUCCGAUAAGGAGCUCUUGCAGGCGCACGAUCAUGGCAGCGAUAGGAAGAGGGUCAACGAUGCAGUUGCCCACUUUGAGCCAUUUCGGGAGGCCUUCUCCUGUGGCCCCUCGCCCAGGCGAAGGCAGUGUCGAUUGUAUUAGCAAAUGCCUGGAUCAACGAACUUUUAGAACGAUUGAUGAAUAAAUUGCAAUUUAUUCUCCUAAUAUACUUACGAAUGUUUACACACCAAAAAAAAAAAAAAAAACAAUCGAAGGCAAAACGCAACUGUGUGACAUUUAAUUAGUUUAUUUAUUCAUUAUUGGAUUCACCCGACGAAAUAUAUAUACAAAAUCAGGUCGUAAUCGUCAUCAGAAUUAAAAAUCAAAUUAAACGGAAGCGGAAACGGAAACCGUAUCUUUCGUCACCAAUACAUAUAAAUAGUUAACACAUUCCAUUCAGACAGACAACUUUCAGCUAUAGUUAUGGUUAUAGUUCAUAGUUGUGUAGUUGUAAUUCAAGUUGUAGUAUUAGCUUUAGCCGUAGUUGUAUGCUUAGUCAACUAGUUUUGUGUACACUGAAAACAUUUAAACCGGAAACUGCAAUUGUAACUGUUAGACGAGUGUACACAUAUUAACAUUGCAUUACAAUUGUAUAUGCUGUUGCUUACACUAGAAAAAAAACGUACGCGUAGCCUAGAACAUUGAGUUGAAAUUCGUUAGGACUGAUUUGUUAUGUUCUUAUAUAUUUUUUUUUUUUUUGUUUUUGUGUAUUCUUAACUUUCAUUUAAAUCGGUAAACACUGGGGCUCAAAAGGUUUACGAAUUUAAACGAGUUUUCCAUCCUACAACUAACUACGCUAAAGAACCCUAGUUAAAAUACAAAAAUAUUUUACAAAUGGGCGCACAAAAAGUUGCUCUCAAAUAAACAUAUUUACCCAGGCAUUGUUUCAAAAUUUCGUAAAUACCCUAGAAGCUAAAACUAAUCGUCAAUACUAUCGAUUAUUUCGAUUAAUUCAGUUUCGCUUUUCAAUCCGAUAGUUAUGACUUGUGAGUUUCCUGUAAGUAUUUUUCCUAACUUUACUGUAGUAUUAUGUUAUUGUUGUUACCCAAAAUCUUCACCCAGCACUUUCACCCUACCACUAUCACUUCUUGAAAGUUUCACCGCAUCUCUUAGACUUAGACGUACACCCUUAGCCAUAAAAAUAGCAUAUACAUAUAUGAGCUUAAGUACUAAUCUGAAUAUUUAAUCUGAAUAUGACACCAACGCACAGAGAAAUACACACAGAUUCGAAUGG